CAGAGUGUCGGGAGCGCGCCGCCCGCUGGACACGCGCAUUAGCCUCGCUAGCGUCUCAGAACAGAAGCAGAACUCGUAGUGUUACACGAAAACACUUCCCGCAGUGACACUCUGACAGAUCUGAUGGCGUCCACGAGUUUGUUUGGAGCCUUGAAGCGGUUUGUGAGCAGAAAUGUGAAGAUCAGGAGGAUAAACGAGCGCGUUUGGAUCGAUCGAAUCAGAACUGUAUGUUGUGUGUUUUGUGACGGACAGAACAGAACGGCUUCGUUUCUCGUGACUCCACUGUCCUUUCUGAUCUAUAAGAGAUUCUCUCAUUUCUCUUCGGUUCGAGCUCUGGACUCAGCUGAAGAAACUUUAGAACAAGCAGACUAUCUGUACAGUUGCGGAGAGACACAGAAACUCCACCAGCUGCUGGUGCGCCACAAAGACAGUGAUGAUGCAGAGUUUCUGUGGCGUUUGGCCCGAGCUUCCCGUGAACUGGCCUGUUUGUCCAGCAUCAGCACCGAUGAGAAGCAGCGGCUCAUUUACGAGGCCUUCGACUACGCCAAGAAAGCUCUGGAGAAAAACGAGGCUUCCUUUGCAGCACACAAAUGGUUCGCAAUCUGCCUCAGUGACAUUGGUGAUUAUGAAGGGGUCAAAGUGAAAAUAGGAAAUUCCUACAUCAUUAGAAACCACUUAGAGCGAGCGAUUGAACUCAAUCCAAAAGAUGCAACAUCCAUCCAUAUUCUUGGUUAUUGGUGUUUUGCAUUCGCUGAAUUACCGUGGUACCAGAGGAAAGUUGCAGCAGUUAUUUUUGCGUCUCCUCCAACAGCCACUUAUGAAGAGGCUCUGGCAUUUUUCCUGAAAGCUGAAGAAGUUGACCCAAACUUCUACAGCAAGAACCUGCUGAUGCUGGGAAAGACGUACAUGAUGCUGAGAAACGUCAAGCAGGCGGUGCUGUGGCUCACUAAAGCACGAGAUUAUCCUGCAGUCACAGAAGAAGACAAACAGGCUCAUAAGGAAGCGCUGGAGCUGCUGAAGAUUCUUGAUGGAUGAAGAGUGGCGGCUAAAUCGGACCCGGUCUUAUCUAACCCUAAUUCUGAGUGCCUUGAUUUUUGUAACGACUGACCAUUGAUUUGAUGGUGAUUUGCCAUUCGCUAUUUUAUAUUCGCUUAGUGUCUGCAAUUAUCUGAGAUUGAAAGAAAGGCUGUAAUAUAUCGACAUUUCUAGGACUGUUAACAGAUACUUACGGCAAACAAACCUUGACUAACCACAGAUCAAAGAUCAUUCCGUGAAGCUUUAACGUGGCUUAUCUGUUUAUCAUAUAACAAUGAUGCUUUUAACUCUUUAAAGUAAUAGCUACGAUACAUGGUUUUUGUUCUUUAUUUACAUGAAUUUAAUUUCAAAUGUUUAUGAAGCAAUUAAACUAACAAAUUUAA